AUGGCGGUGCUUACGGCAACGAAACUCACAGCCUACAACUUGAAGUGUCUGUUCUUUAUUGCUUUUGGAGCAUUCUUCUAUGGAUACGAUAGCGGUUGCACGACCUCCAUCUUUGGCUAUCCGCAAUUCAUUACGUUCUUCGGCUUCACCUCCACAACGCUAGGUGCCCUUGGCUCCUCCUACUAUGGAGGAAACUUCAUCGGCACCAUAUGCAACUUCUGGCUUCCUGACGCCAUCGGCCGCAUCCGUACCAUCCAGCUAGCCUCCGUCGUCUCGAUCCUAGGAGCGGCUCUUCAGAUUGGUGCACAUAACAUUGGUACGCUGAUGGCUGGAAGGGUGAUUGGAGGAUUUGCCUGCGGCAUCGUAUACAGCUGUUGUCCUCUCUACGCAAGCGAGAUCAGCCCUCCCGCCUUUCGAGGUAGAGCUGGUGGCCUGUACAGUUUUAAUGUCGGCUUCGCCUAUAUGUUCACCGAGUGGUUGGGCCUAGGCUUCUCAUAUAUAUCUGGCAACGCCGCAUGGCGCGUGUUUCUGGGCCUACAGCUGGUUUGUCCUGCUCUCAUGAUUUUGGGCUCCCUCUACCUGCCGGAGUCACCUCGCUGGCUAGUACUAAAGGACCGCCAUGAGGAUGCCCUGAUCGUGCUGGAACGUAUCCACGGUGAUGCCGACGGUAACAAGUCCUUCGCCCAUGCCGAGCUUCACCAAAUCAAUGCGCAGAUUGCGCUCGAGAAACAAGAACGAACCGGCAUCACCGCGAUCAUCAGGCGGCCUUCCUACCGCAAACGCCUGGUCCUGGUCGUCAUCUUCAUGGUGGGCCAACAAGCCACAGCAAUUAUUCCCAUGCAGAAUUACCAAGUCAUAUUGUAUGAGCAGCUGGGUUUCUCGAACAAGCUGGUGCUCAUCCUUGUUGGCAUUUGGGGCACCAUCACAAUCGUCGCCACAACCACGGGAAGUCUGCUUUUCGACUACACUGGCCGUAAACCUCCCGUGUAUUUCGCCAUGGGAGUAAUGACCAUCGCGACGAUUAUGUUGACUGCGUUUUGGGCGACGUUCGAAAGAUCCGGCAGCACAAACGCCACAUACGGUAGACUUGCCAUUUUCUCCAUGUUCCUUUUCAACUUCGGCUACGCCUUCAUCAUGAAUUCAUUCGGUUACGCGUACAUUCCAGAGAUCCUGCCGACGCCCGUCCGUGCUGUAGGCACAGCGAUCAUGAUGCUUGUGUUCAACGGUAUGAUCAUUCUGCUGGUCCAGGUCACGCCUAUCGCUAUCAAAAAUAUUACUUGGCGAUAUUUCCUGGUUUUUAUCGUCUGUGAUGUUAUUUUCACUAUAGCCUUCUACUUCAUGUUUCCUGAAACUUCCGGAAAGCCACUCGAGGAGGUUGCUGCGCUAUUUGGUGACCCGAUUGCGGAAACACUUCAAGAAGCCGAGCUGCACAUGCAAGAAAAGCCAAUAAAAGUCCUAGCGGAGGAGUUGAAGACGUCCGAACACGAAGACAGUUCCCAGCAUGUUGAGGUGCCAUAA